GAGCGCAGCACCCGCUACCUUUGUCAACGUCCCUCGUGAGUCAACAGAAGGAUGAACAUGGGUUUCGGAUUCAUGGUCUGCCCGUCGGAUGGAUAGCCCCCCGAUGCUUGCCUUGGAGCGGUGUACAAAAGUGCCGAGCACCCACAGCUGGACUGAUCCAACCCAAGAUUUCACCUCUAAGCUUAAGGUACUAAGUUGACAUUCCUCCUUCAACGUUCGUACAUACUGUCGGGAGAUCACAAUCAACAUGACUACCAUUAUAGUCGCAGGAGGGACUCGUGGAAUCGGCCGGGCUAUUGCUGAGGCUAUCAAUCGCAAGGGCGGUUACCGCGUCAAGAUACUCAGUAGAUCUCCCAAUCCGACCCUGCAAAAUGAAACAGGAAUCGAGGUUAUUCCAGUCGACUACAGCAGCAUCCUGGCGUUGACAAAGGUCUUUGACGACAAUCAAGUCGACACCGUGAUUUCGACCUUGUUCGUGACCUCAGAUGGUUCUCCUCAGGUAAAUAUGAUACGCGCUGCCGAGGCCUGCGUUCAUACGAGGCGUUUCAUCCCGAGCGUCUGGGGAAUUCCCUAUUCCAGAGACCAAGUAACCGAAAGGCAGAUGACUAUCGGCCAGUCGAAGCUCGAUGCAGUGGAGGCCCUAGAGAAUUCGUCUCUGGAAUACACUCUGUAUUAUGUCGGCUACUUUCUGGACUUCUGGGGAUACCCUCGUGUAAAUACAUACCAGAUCCAGAACAUCAUCGUCGUCGACAUCGAGCACAACAGGGCCGCCGUUCCUGGGCAAGGCGAUACUCCCGUCACUUUUACACACACCUUGGAUGUUGCAGAAUUUGUGGCAGCAAGUUUGGAGCUCCCCAAAUGGGAGAAGGAGAGUUAUGUUAUCGGCGAAAAUGUGACGUGGAAUGAGUUCCUCCGAAUAGCCGAAGAAGUCAAAGGCGUCAAGUUCGAGGUCACCCAUGACAAACUCGACUUCCUAAAGUCUGGCAAGAUUACGGAGUUGCCUUCUCAUCCGUCCCUGUACAGCGUGAUGCCAAAAGAUCAACUUCAGGCACUUUUCGCCACUUUUGGUAUCUGGUUUGAGGAAGGACUGUAUCAUCUCCAGCCUAAAACGACUCUCAUUCAGUUGUUCCCAGAGAUCAAGGCGCGAACUGUCAAAGAAGUUAUUCAAGCUGGGUGGAGUCAGAAGGGUUGAGAACAUCAUGGGCUAGGUCAGAUUAUCCCGUGCUGCUUUGAUUUCAUACUCAGUUCCAGUAACCAAACACCUACAAAAUCUGCUUAGAGUCCCCCAUAAACAUUUACUAUCGUAUGAGGAUAGCAACUACUCUAUCAAAGUUCGAUGAUCUUCUCGCUUAGAUCCUGUCCCACGAGACCAUGGGAAGUUUAAUGGGACGUCAAUUAAGACUGAAUCAAGAAAUAUUUCCAUUUUUCG